AUGCCCGCUAGAUUUUACAUUCCUCAUCCUCUGCUGCUCGCGCCUUCAACACCGGGGACUCGAGACUCUCUGGUGACCAACUGCCGGUUUGAUGGAAUUGUGCGAGGCUCAACCCGAAGAAUAUUCGGAAUCCCACGCCCACGGAGAGGCCGAGGGGAGUCAGGGAAGAGGAACAAGGAGCAAGAGCCGGGAAACCCCUCACUGUUCCUCGGUAAAUAUAAGCGGCAGCCCCAUGGCCUCAGGCACUCUCCUUGGCUCCUCACGGUGAAGAUGGCACUCCUCCUCUGUCUCGUCGCAGCGUGCCUUACUCUCGGGGCAGCGGCGCCUCACACCUCCCAGCCGCCACCUCGGGCCUGGUCGCUGGACAGCCCCUCCGAAGUCCCUCCCGUCCCCUCCUUCGCCCGGGACGACCGCGACGAACCCCUCGUCAGGGAGCGGCGGCAGACGGCGGGCCUGAAUGCCGAGAGUCUCGCCCUCAGACACGACAGUCCAGUUGGUGAGCCAUUCCAUGACACCCACGUAAGAGUGGACGAAGGAACCAAUUCCUUGCACUACGGCGGCGGAGUCGGCGCUGUCCUCGGCAAGUCUCCCGACGGGCGACACUCCUUGGGCACUGCGGUGUACGGCCAGCAGUCGGUCUUCGGCGGAGACACUUUGUCGUUCACGCCUCCCAACCUCGGCAUUGGCGCCGGCUACAGGUACAACGGCGCCAGAACUUCUGUCGCUCUUGGCGCUCACAGACAAACAUUUGGAGGAGGCGUCACCGAACAAGGAGGAUCCCUGAACCUGGAACACCGACUCAAUGACCGAGACUCACUCUUCGGCGGCAUCUCUCGGAGCAACACCAAGUUCCCUGGACCAUUCGCUCGAACGGAUACAGACAUGAACUUGGGUUACCGGCACAACUUUAACGACAGAACUUCCCUCAGCAUUGGUGGCCAUCGGCGUACCUCUGAUUUUGGAAAAUUUGGUCGCGCCGCCAGUCACGGUUUCAACAUCGGCUUCCGUCACAGAUUCUAAUUUUCCUUAUAAUUUAGCUCUGUAAUGGUAAAUGAAACAUGAUGAGGUGCACGUUGGAAAGGAGGAUAGAUCUGUGUACUUUAAUAAAUAAAUGAAGAUAUCUUAUCAGUCA